GCCCACUCUGCAGGGCGGAGUCAUGCACGCUCUGGUAGCUGACAUCCGUUUAUAUCUAUGGCUUAUAUACACAGUCCAUGGAGUCAGUUUACUGCAAACAAGGAAGCGACACCUGGAUGAACCACCUGAACGUUACUUUAAGAACCGCUUAAUUUUGCUAGCUAACGGAUAUUUCUUAGUUUUUCUCCCGGUUUCACUGUUGCAAACUAAGGGGUCAAAAUGAACUCCAUUGACCUGGAGAAGCUGAAGAUGACGGGAGCUGGUCGAACCAUGGCCGUGUUGACCAGCGGUGGAGAUGCACAAGGGAUGAAUGCUGCUGUCCGAGCUAUGACCAGAAUGGCCAUCUAUAUGGGGGCCAAGGUCUAUCUUAUUUAUGAGGGAUACCAGGGCCUGGUGGAUGGGGGAGACAACAUCAAACUAGCACACUGGCAGAGUGUGACCAACAUCAUCCAACUGGGUGGCACUGUGAUAGGCAGCGCCCGAUGCAAGGCCUUCACAACUCGUGAGGGCAGGCUGGCUGCUGCCUUCAACCUGGUGAAGAAAGGCAUCACCAACCUGUGUGUGUGUGGCGGAGACGGCAGCCUCACCGGAGCCAACAUCUUCCGCAGCGAGUGGAGCAGUCUGCUGGAGGAGCUUGUACAGAAAGGAAGAAUCACAGACACUCUGGCUAAGCAGCAUGGCCACCUGAACAUCGUGGGGCUCGUGGGCUCCAUCGACAACGACUUCUGCGGCACGGACAUGACGAUCGGAGCCGACUCUGCUCUGCACCGCAUCAUGGAGAUAAUUGAUGCUAUCAUGACAACAGCACAAAGCCACCAGCGCACAUUUGUUCUGGAAGUUAUGGGGCGACACUGUGGAUAUCUGGCCCUAGUGUCAGCACUGGCCUCUGGGGCUGACUGGCUCUUCAUUCCAGAGGCUCCUCCCCAGGAAGGCUGGGAGGACCAGAUGUGUGCCCGUCUAGAGGGGAGCCGCACAACGGGGUCAAGACUCAACAUUGUAAUCCUCGCAGAAGGAGCCAUUGACAUAAAUGGCAAGCCCAUCACUUCAACUUAUGUAAAAGAACUGGUGGUACAGAGGCUCGGCUAUGACACCAGAGUGACAGUCCUCGGCCAUGUUCAGAGAGGAGGAACCCCCUCUGCGUUUGACAGAAUACUGAGCUCUAAGUUGGGGGUGGAGGCGGUGGUUGCCCUGAUGGAUGCCACUCCUGACACCCCAGCCUGUGUCAUCGGUCUGUCAGGUAACCAGGCUGUUCGUUUGCCUCUGAUGGAGUGUGUGGAGAUGACUAAGUUGGUGCAGACAGCCAUGAACGAGAAGAGGUUUGAUGAGGCUAUCAAACUGCGUGGAGGGAGUUUUGAGAACAACUGGAACAUCUACAAACGUCUUGCCUUCCAAAAGCCUGCCCAAUAUGAGAGCAACUUCUCCUUGGCUAUCCUGAACGUGGGGGCUCCGGCUUCAGGGAUGAACGCAGCGGGGCGCUCUGCGGUGAGGCUGGCGCUCGCUAAAGGACACAAGGUCUACGCUGUCCACAACGGCUUUCAGGGACUUGCCAAUGGAAACGUUUUGGAGAUGGGAUGGCACAGUGUUGCAGGCUGGACAGGGCAAGGGGGCUCACUGCUGGGGACAAAACGAACUCUUCCCAACAAUAACAUGGAGGGGAUUGUGGAAACCAUCAGAAAGUUUAACAUCUCAGCUCUGCUUGUAAUUGGAGGGUUCGAGGGGUACGUAGGAGUGUUGCAGUUGUUUGAAGCCCGGGGUCUCUUUGAUGAGCUCUGCAUCCCCAUGUGUGUAAUCCCUGCUACCAUCAGCAACAACGUCCCGGGAACGGACUUCAGCCUGGGAGCAGACACGGCCGUCAAUGCUGCCAUGCAGGGCUGCGACAAGAUCAAGCAGUCUGCCACCGGGACCAAGAGACGGGUGUUUGUGGUGGAGACUAUGGGGGGCUUCUGUGGAUAUCUGGCAACCUCCACUGGCAUAGCUGUGGGAGCGGACGCAGCCUACAUCUUUGAAGACCCCUUCAACAUCCACGACCUCACGACCAACGUGCAGCAUUUGGCUGAAAAGAUGAAGAAGGACAUCCAGCGGGGUCUAGUACUGAGGAAUGAGAAAUGCCAUGAGAACUACACCACAGAUUUCAUCCAUAAGCUGUAUACAUCAGAGGGGAAGGGCAUCUUCGACUGCAGGGUCAAUGUGUUGGGACACCUUCAGCAGGGUGGAGCACCUUCCCCAUUCGAUAGAAACUUUGGCACUAAGUUGGGCAUGAAGGCAAUCGAGUGGAUUUCAACGAAAUUAACUGAAAACUUCAGACAAGGACGCGUGUUCGCUAACUCUCCAGAAACAGCAUGCGUGCUCGGCCUCAACAGGAAGGUGAUCUCCUUCAACCCCGUCACUGAACUCAAGGAUGUGACUGAUUUUGAGCACCGGAUGCCCAAGGUCCAGUGGUGGAUUAAUCUGCGGCCAAUGCUGAGGAUGUUGGCCAAGUACCAAACCAGCUUCUGUGAAUAUGUCCCAGGAGAGAUUCAACAUGUGACCCGGCGCUCCAUCAGCAUCGACUCCGGGUUCUAGACUCUCUGAAACUACAGUAAACUCUCUGCACUAACCCUUAUCUGUCCUGCCUUUGUUAAUUUGCAGACUACUUUCAAUUUCACAGUUGUUCAUGUUAACAAUACUGAAUACUUUUAAGACCAGCAUUGAUUGUGAGUCUUGUCAGUAUUACAGUAGCUACAGUACAUUAAAUGUAAAGAUUAAAUUCAGGUAUUCAUUUAUUGCAGAUUGUGAUCCUCUUUGUGCCAAACAAACCUUUUUUUGUUGUCAAAUCACUGCCAUUAAAAGACAAUCAAGUGUG